CUUCAGUCAAGGAAGUGGUAAACUGAUUAUAAACAGUACACAUGGAGGGUGUGUCCGAGUGAACAUUUUAUAAGUUAAAGGGUUUUCAAGGGAAUAAUGGGGGACGUGGCGAAAGCUAAACGUCGGGAACAACUAAAACGAUGGUCCGGAUCAAGUACAGACAGAGAACCAGCAGUACCCAGACAACGGUGGCGAGGAGAUGUUGUGGACACGGGUGAAUCGGAGGCCGUAGGCGUUGAGGAAUCGGAGGGAUCUCAAGAUGCGGAUGGAAACGGAUCUACCACCGCAGAACACCAAGGGUCAACAAAGCAAACUAUGAAACGAAGGCGAAGAGUUCGCUUUGAGAGAACGGCCGAGUUCUUGGCUGUCUGCGCCAGUGGUGACACUGAGGAGGCUGGGGAGAUGCUGAAAGAGGCCAAAGGGCUACAGAUCGUGGAGCCGGAGAUCAACGGAGGCAUCGUCAACUGCUCCAAUGCCGAUGGAAUCACCGCCUUACACCAGGCGUGCAUCGACGGCAGCAUGGAGGUGGUGGCCUUCCUCCUGCUCGAGGGCGCCCACGUCAACCAGGUGGACAGCGAGGGCUGGACGCCACUGCACGUGGCCGCCAGCUGUGGGAACCUGGACAUCACUGAAUUCCUGCUGGAUCAGGGCGCGUCGCUGAGCGCCGUGAACUGUGACGGAGACGUGCCCCUGGACAUCGCCGAGGACGAGGCCACGGAGACGCUACUGCAGGAGCACACGCAGAAGCAGGGAGUGGACCUGGUCGCGGCCAAGCGUGCGGAGGAGGAGCAGAUCAUGGGCGACGCGCGCCAGUGGCUGACGGAGGGUCUGCCCGCCGACGUGCACAACGCCAGGACCGGCGCCACCCCCCUGCACGUGGCCGCCGCCAAGGGCUACCUGGAGGCCAUCAAGCUGCUGUGCCAGUGCGGGCUGGACGUGUCGGCGGUGGACGUGGACGGCUGGACUCCGCUGCACGCGGCGGCCCACUGGGGCCAGGGAGAGGCCUGCCGCAUCCUGGCCGAGCAGCUCUGUGACAUGGAGGCCCGCAGCGCAGCGGGCCAGACCCCUUUUGAUGUCGCUGAUGAGAGCGUGGAGGCAUUGCUGGAGGAGCUGUCUCAAACCCAAGCCAAUUGGCGGAACGAGAGGUCCAACAAUGACCCACAGAAUGCCCCAGCGGCUGCCAACGCUCCGGGCAAAAAGAGGAGGACGUCGGUGUGCAGGAUGAGCAGCAGGGACAAGAUGAACGUGCAGGACCAGUCGAAAGAGAGGGGCAUCUCCGGAGGCCUGGACAUGAACGAGGAGCGCGAGAGCAGCCCAGAGAGUUCCACUGUGUCCAGUCCAGACAGUGAAAGUAUUACUACCUCGACCACUAGCCCUGCUGAAAAGACGGCGGACGAGAAGGAGCCGGAGGAGAAGGACCAGGACUUGUCCAGCCGGACGGCGCGGGUUCAGCCCACCCCGCAGAAGCGCGAGUCUCCCGCCGAGAGCCCCAGCAACGCCGUCGGCGAAGGCCGCAAGUUCAAGGCACCGGCCCGUGACGAGGAGUCCGAGUCCCAGAGGAAGGCCCGCUCCCGUCUGAUGCGCCAGUCCAGACGCUCCACACAGGGGGUGACGCUCACCGAACUGAAGGAGGCAGAGCGGAUUGUGGGUCGCCCCUCAGAACCCUCCCGCAGUGUCCAGUCGGUCAGCCCCAUCGUCACGGUGACACCGGCAGAGAGAGAUACAGAUCCAGUAAAGCAGGGGGCGCCAGAGGAAGACAACCGCCUGAGCACCAGGGAGCGCCGGAGAAAGGAGAGGAAGGAGAGACGCUCCACCGGAGUGGUCCAGUUCACUGGAGAGACAGAAGACGCUGAUGCCAGUGAGGAUGCCCGCCCAGACAACACAGCCCCUGAGCCGCAGUCAGAGGACUCCUCGACGGACUACAGGGUGCUGUACUCGGAGGUGCUGACAGAGAACGCGCUGCUGCGCGACAAGCUGCAGGAGACUCAGCUGCUGCUCAGCGAGAGCAAGGUGGAGCUGGAGCGACUGAGACAGAGUCAAGAGAACGGUUCUGAGCGUCCUGCCCUGCUGGAGCUGGAGCAGUUUGAGAAGAAAGUCCUGCAGAGGAGGGCAGCAGAGCUGGAGGACGAGCUAAAGGUCCUGGUGGAUCUCCGUUCAGACAACCAGAGACUGAAAGACGAGAACGCAGCGCUCAUCCGCGUCAUCAGCAAGCUCUCCAGAUGAGCCCCGCCCACGUCGGGGGUUCGGGUUUUUUUUUUGUUUUGCUGUGAACAACGAGAGUCAGCGUGCCCUCUUCAUCUGCAUGCCAGGGGUGGGGGGCGUGGGGCUGUUGACCUCUGACCCCAGCGAAAACGCCCGUCUCUCUCUGUACACGCACUGACAUCAUAGCACAUAAUCUCGAUCUGGGUUAAGUUUCUCUCGACCCCUUAACGUGGGGCACAGUUAUAUGGAAAAAGAAAAGAAAACUACUGUUAUCCAAGCUAUAAGCUGCACAGCCCCCUCUGUGCAGUAGGGCACAAUUUGGAAUUUGCAGGGUGCUUUUGUUCUGUUUUUUGCUGUUUAUGUUUUUAUUUUGUUUUUUGUUUUGUUUUUCCUGCUUUUAAAAUGCACUGUGCUUCAGAUGUUUUUCCUAACUUCUUGAUGGGAGUAGCCCUGGUUAAGUUUAAGGUUACGGCUUAUUUUUGUACUGGUAUAAAUUGCUUUUAGGUCGUCUUGCCACCGGCUCUUCUUUGAUUACCACAAAAGUGUAUGCUCAAGUCAGCCUACCUACUGUACCUUGAUGGUCCUUCCUGGGAUGACGUCAGGUUUUUUAGCACUGAAAGAAAAGAAAAUGACAAGGAGACAUGGUUGCGAUAUUAUCAUUGUGUAAAAAAGAAAAGACAAAAAAAAAACAAACAAAAAAAACUUACAUGUGCCAAAAACAAUGUACGCCCAUUCCUGUGUACUUCAGCGUGUCUCCGUAGGGGGAGGGAGGGGGUGGGUGGGGAGGUGGGGAGUGUCGCCAGGGUGAUUCUCAGGAGACAAGUUUAGGUCAACACUGUGCCCGAGCUGACCGCGUCCGUCGUCAGCUGGACCAAACUGGCACGUUGCAUGGUAUCGCCACUCUGUCGGUGAAUGUUAUUUAUGUUGUGUAUAUACUCUCUCGGAGGGGACGUGUUCUCUGCCAACGGUUUAGUGGUCUCAUGUUUUUAUUUGAUUAUUUUUUUUUUCCCUUCAGGAGGAGAACAGAGUGCUAAUACUGUGACUUAAGGCCCGCGUGGCGCUCCACACACAAUGGGUCGAGUCGAUCUGAACGUUUACCGCCCUUUUUCUUUUGUCGUUAUUUUUAAGCGAAUGCAUGCCAAAAUGUAUUUUGAAAGAAAAAAAAAACGAAAUGUGCCUUUCUACAUAUCUGUUUUAAUAUUUCUAUUUUGCUUAGAUAAAGAAAGACUGUCAAAGGACAGGAUAGUGCUAUAACAGAAAUGUGUCAGUUUCUCAGUCAUCUCAUUCCCAUAUAUGAAACGUGAACAUUUUGAAGAUGCAAAAUAAAAAAAAAAUAUCUGUGUAAAA